AUGCUUUCCCCAAAACCCUAUUUCCACUUCAUUUCCUUUCUUUUCCCCUUCCCCUAUAAAUUCGUUUCUUCUACCUCGUUCUCAACUCACCAAUUCAUUCUUUACUGCUUAUGUCUCAGAGACCCAACGUUCCACACUUCGCAUCUUUAGCUUUUGGUCUUCAUUCCCAUCUCCUGGUUUCCAGUGAGAUGAGCUCUAAUUCCAACUGGUCUUAAAUUAAUCCAUUUUAGUAUCAAUUUUAUUUUCUAGCGUUCAAUUUCUUAAUUCUUUUUUAGCUCUCUUAUUUCAUUCAAUUGAAAUACCAAAAUUUUCGAUUUCAAUUUGUUAAACAUGGGUGUUAAAGGAUUUGCUGAAGGAGGUAUUGCUUCUAUUAUUGCUGGGUGUAGUACUCACCCACUUGAUUUAAUUAAGGUACGGAUGCAACUUCAGGGUGAAUCCCCUGCUCCGGCGGCGGCGGUUCAGAAUCUCCGGCCUGCACUUGCUUUUCAUAGUGGUACUCAUGCUACGACUCAUAUUCAUGUUCCGGCGCCGCCACCUCCGCCCCGUGUGGGGCCUGUUGCUGUGGGUGUAAAGAUCAUACAGCAAGAAGGCGUUGCUGCUUUGUUCUCCGGCGUGUCGGCGACUGUUCUCCGGCAGACGCUUUAUUCUACGACCCGAAUGGGGUUGUACGAUAUGUUGAAGCAAAAAUGGACCGAUCCGGAUACUAACAACAUGCCUUUAUCGAGGAAGAUCGUCGCCGGGCUUAUCGCCGGAGGUGUUGGAGCCGCCGUCGGAAAUCCGGCCGACGUUGCUAUGGUCCGCAUGCAAGCUGACGGCCGGCUUCCGUUAGCUCAGCGGCGCAACUACAAAAGCGUCGUUGAUGCUAUAACACAAAUGAGCAAGAGCGAAGGGAUUACUAGCCUGUGGCGCGGCUCAUCUCUUACGGUGAACCGCGCUAUGCUCGUUACAGCAUCACAGCUGGCAUCGUACGAUCAGUUUAAAGAGACGAUCUUAGACAAGGGGCUGAUGAAGGACGGGCUUGGGACCCACGUGACUGCGAGCUUCGCCGCCGGGUUCGUGGCGGCAGUGGCGUCGAAUCCGGUGGACGUGAUUAAGACACGUGUCAUGAACAUGAGGGUGGAGCCCGGUAUGGCCCCACCUUAUAGUGGGGCCCUUGAUUGUGCUAUGAAAACUAUCAAAGCUGAGGGACCCAUGGCACUUUACAAGGGUUUCAUCCCUACAAUCUCAAGGCAAGGACCAUUCACUAUUGUGCUCUUUGUCACACUGGAACAGGUCCGGAAAUUACUCAAGGAUUACUGAUGAUGACGAAGAAAAAUAUUAAAAAUGUUGCAUUUAAUUAAUGUUCUAAAUUUAAAAUUUGCUCCUUAAGUUUUGGAGAAGAGUAAUACCAAGUCUAUGGUCAGAUGUUGUGUUCUUACCAUUAUAUUUCUUAUAUAUAAAAAAAUUAUUUUCUCGUUUGGUGGAA